AAUUUAUGAGAACAGUUGAAAAGCCUGAUGAAACGUUAUGUAAAAUCAAUGAGAUUAAUAUUCCCCAAAAAUUUCUCAUUGAUACAGUAUCAAUUUUCGGUAAUACAGCUUUGCAACAACCUUCUGCUAAGAAUAUAGUUCUUCAAUCUCAAUCCAGUCAGUUUAACACACACCAUGCCCCAAAAGACUUUCCAUAG